GAGACGAAAAAGGGCAACUUUGUUCCAAUCGGACGUGAUGAUAUUCUAACAAGUGCCCUUGGAACAGCUGAGCAUGGUGGCCAAGUUCGUGGUGUUGGACGAGGUGCUACAUUUAGCAAUUAUUUUGGAAGGGCUUCAAGGUCAUCAUCGAAUACAAAUGUCACUGAGCAGCUCUCACAACUAGAAGAAAAACUUAGAGCUGAAUUUGAAGAGAAGAUGGCUGAAGAGCGUCAAUUGAUGCAAAAGACAAUGAUGGAGACUCUUAAAUCUGUCGGUUUCUCUCAAAACGCCUCCCCUACAAAGCAAGUGGUUGACGAUUCUUCUCCAAAACAUGUUGCAGGGAACUAUGACAGUAUGAAAGCUAGUUGUUCUGCUGCACCAACAAACAUUAAAGAGGACUUAGAUAAUGGUGUAGACUCGGUUCAAAAAUUGUUAUGCAUGAUUGUCAAAAGGAAAACAUAUUUGCCCAUACAGCUGGAACAUGAUAAGAUUGUCAAGAAUUUUAAGAUGUCGCCAAAGUAUAUGAAAGACUUGUUGGUGGGUGAUAAUUGGCUUGACUUAUCAAUUCUACAGCUUUGGUGCACGUAUAUGCAACGUGUUUCCAUAGACACAAAAAAAUCAGAUUUGUUUGCAUUUUUGGACCCGGUUCAAUUGAGUUUUGCAUCAAAGCCAGUUUCACUUCAAAAGGCGGGUAAACAAUACAUUCAAAAUAAUUUGCGUGAUCUAAACAAAGUGUGCUACUUAGCACCACAUCUUUUUGACGGGCAUUGGCAAUUAAUAAUUAUGUGUCCUAUGGACAAUGUUAUAGUUUGUCUUUGUUCAUUACACCGUAAGAUACCUGAGGCAGCGAGGAAUUUUUUUACAGAUGCUUUUAAAGUUCAUCAAUUGGCAACUUUUGGUAAUAGAAAGAAGGCUACAUGGAUUUUUCCCAAAACAAGGCGACAACCUAACGGUAAUGACUGUGGAUAUUAUGUAAUGAAGAACAUGCUUGACAUUGUCACCGCUAGUAUUACAAAGAAUUGGAUGGAGGUGUUCGAUGAUCCCACGUCAUUAACUGAGGAGGAGAUGUAUGAAUUGCGAAACAACUGGGCUACUUGUUUUCUUGACCUGUACAAUCCCGAGGUAGAUUAUGUUGUUUCCGAUGAUGAGGUUUAGGAGCUAGCUAGUUACAAUAGAUUGACAUUGACUAGGAUGUUUUGAAUUGUAAUG